CACACACUGAAUAACUGUCCACUGUGAAGCUUGGAUGAAUCAGCAAUGAAGCGCUCCUAUGAUGCUUAUGCUGGCAAAGCAGGCCAGGCCCAGUCUCUAAGCUCCUCUUUGAACAAGCGCGCGCAACUUCCUGAAUCUGCUGUGCAGCGACAAGCUCCAAAGCAAUCUACGGGGUCUCCUCUACCGGCCCAUCCCUUUGAAGGAUGGCCACUCUAUACAGGCAUUUCUGAUCCGCUACAUGAUCGCAAGUCUAUCUUUGUGGGUUAUUACUUCCCGCUAGAAACAACGAGCGAAGCGAAUCGCCUGCUCAACAAGUUCAAAAAGUCACCUCUGGUGCAAGGUGCAGACCAUGUCAUGUCGGCCUGGCGCGUCUAUGCCGAUGGUUCGAGCACAAGCGGGCAAACGACACUCGACGCUUUCACUGCGCAGGCUAAGCCAGGCGGAGAGCGUCAAAUCAUCACGGGUGGCGACGAUGAUGGCGAGCGCUUUUCAUCAGAAAAGCUCAUCAGUCUGCUGGCAACAAGCAAUACUAUUGGUCUUAUGGUUUGUACGCGUGUCUAUGGUGGAAUCAUGCUAGGGCCUGCUAGAUUCGCGCACAUCACGAGGGUUUGUCAGGAUGCGCACACAAUAUCGCGAAAUAAGCGUAUCCUGGCACAGCGCGCAGAGACAAGUGAAGAGGCUGAACGGUCCAAGUGUUUGCGACAACUCAAGGCUAGAGAUAUGAGCAUUGCGUCUAUCCGAAGCUCACUGGCACGCAGUAAUUCAAGUCUAUCGCAGCUCUCUGCCAGUCCAGACAGAGUGGAGGCAAGUCUGGGCGUAGACAAGUCGACAGAGACGCCAUUGUUUGCUGCCGAAGAGCCUGCUACACAAGGAUCAGCUACACUGUCUCCUCCUUCGACACCAAAGUCAAAGAGUCAACAAAAUGAUUCGGCUCCACUGACGCCCAGCUCGCCUUCUGCAAGCAAAACGCAAGAAGUUUACGCCCAGAAGUCAUUAGAGACGCUCAAACGCUUGCUGGCGGCACGCGACUUGACUAUUCAGAUACUCCGUGCCAAGCUUAAGUCUAGUCCUGUCAAGACACCGCAACGUAGUGGUCCAUUGAUGGAUGAUGUGACUGCAAGUCAGCAGCGUACACACAAUGCAAAGCUGUUUCUAAGUGAUGUGGAAGAAUAAUGAUAAUGAUACAUGAACAUAGCAAAU